GACUAGCGCAACAUAUCCAACUAGUUCGUGUUCGAGCGUGAGUGGUGUUGCACAGUGUAAACGGAUGUUGUGUGUGGAGCUCACGUGAGCUAAGCAAGAAUCGAGGAAGCUUUUCGAAAACGUUUGUUUUUUGCGUAUGCGCCGAUUUUGACGGUCUUUGACGUUAGCUGUAUUGUUGCUAUUCUUAGUAUUUGUGGCCUCUUUUGUGUGCGCUUCGUGUGCGCUAAUGCACAGCCAUACGAACAGUUGUCGUAGUCGCCGUCCUCACCGCCGCCGUCGCGUUGUUUUUGCUGUACUGUGCAUAGUGUGUUCUAUCGGCGGCUUUGACGUCCUACAUGUCCGUUUGACGUUCUAGUAGUCGCAUCUGUGCUAUUAAGGCUUUGCUGUGAAGGAAUUUUGAACUCAGUUGCGCGUGUCCGUGUGCGCAGCCUUUUGCCUCUGGUCGCCACAUUUUGGCAGUGUUCGCUAACGUCGGUGGCAGUGUGCUCACCUACAUGUGGCAGCAAGCGGGUGUAUUUUGAUCGCUGUUGGCACUGGUUUUUAAAAACAACGCAGAAUUAGUGUUUACAAAACAGUGAAACACGAAAAUUUUUGGUAAAAAAAUAAUUUAAAAAGAAAACUGUAAAACUGCAAAGGAAAAGAAAAAUUUGAAAACUGAAAUUUCAAAAUAGUGAAAGAAUCGGAACUUGAAUGCAGAGAAAAAGCAAAUGCUUUAAAACUGUGUAUUGUAUGAACUAUUUAAAAUUGAAGAAAAAAACUAACUUCUAAGUAAAUUGCUGAUCGCUACUUAUUUUGAAGAACAACAAUAAAAUAAAUUUCUCGUGCAAUAAAAAAAUUGUGCAAUAACAAACUUAUUUACCAAAAAGUUUACAGUGUUAACAAAACAAGAUAAAUUAUAAUGGCAGCUUACGCACAAUUCGGAUAUGGUGGCUACCCGUCAGCAUCACAGCUCUUGUCUGCCAAUCUCACGCAGUCACCGCAAACGGGCGACUCACCAAACACACCCAACUCCGCAGCAAUGUCUGGUUCCUCCGGCGUGGCCAAUGCACCGGCGCUCAGUCCUUCGAAUGUCGGCGAGUGUCGUGUGAAUAGCGGCGCAGGUGCUUCCGCGGAGGUGCCCAGUGGCGCAAUGAGUCCGGAUGGACUCUCACAGAACUCCAACAACACAACUGGCGGUGCUGGGGGCUUAAAUAAUCCAGCUGGAGGCGGUGCACUCGAUGGCAGUGGAGUUGGUGUUAACGCUGCCAGUUUGGGCGUUGGUGGACCUGGUGCUGCUGGUGGCUCUUGCUGCGAGAAUGGACGUCCAAUUAUGACAGAUCCGGUGUCGGGUCAAACGGUGUGUUCGUGUCAGUAUGACUCGGCGCGUUUGGCGCUCUCCAGCUACUCGCGUCUGCCAGCGGCUAGCGUUGGUGUUUACGGUACACCCUAUCCGUCGACGGAUCAAAAUCCUUAUCAAAGUAUUGGCGUGGAUAGUUCGGCGUUCUAUUCACCUUUGAGCAAUCCAUAUGCGUUAAAAGAUUCAGCAACUGGCACAGAUAUGACUGCUUGGACAUCGGCUGGGUUGCAGCCAACCACGGGAUAUUACUCAUACGACCCGAUGUCCGCUUAUGGUUACGGUCCCAGUUACGACUUAGCUGCACGUAGAAAAAAUGCAACACGUGAGUCUACAGCCACACUCAAAGCUUGGCUUAAUGAACACAAAAAGAAUCCCUAUCCUACCAAAGGUGAGAAGAUUAUGUUGGCCAUCAUUACGAAGAUGACGUUGACACAGGUCUCCACAUGGUUCGCGAACGCACGACGACGUCUUAAGAAAGAGAACAAGAUGACUUGGGAGCCAAAGAAUCGUACAGAUGAUGAUGAUGAGGCGAUGGUUUCCGAUGAAGAGAAGGAAAAGGAUGAGUUGGAAAAUGAGAAGAUAUCACAAGGCAUGCAUAGCGGAAGUAUUGGUUGCGGUCAACGAAAAGAACUUGAAAAGGAUGAUGACGAUCUACAGGAUGAUGAGUCAAAAUCGUUAGGACCACAUCCGAAUGAACUCCGUAAUCCAGGUACUGGCUUUCCCGGUGCUGGUAUUGGGAGCGCAUCUGGUGGCGGCUAUCAUGGUUCCGAUGGCACAUCAAACCAUUCACACAGCUACCAUCCCUACCAUCACCAACAUCCCGCUUACUAUCAGCAUCAGCAGGCACUAUUGGCAGCCAGCGGCUAUACGACUGGUGGCAUGCCCGGCAGCAACAAUAACAACAACAUAAACAAACUUGAUGGUAGCGAUUCAAAAAACCAGCUGAGCCGGGACUGUGGCGUGCCGAUUCCAGCAAGCAAGCCCAAAAUCUGGAGUUUGGCCGACACAGUCGCCUGCAAGACACCACCGCCAGCACAAGCGGCAGCAUAUAUGGGCCAGGCGCAACAGCAGCUGCAGCAGCAACAGCUUCCAAUGCAGCAAGCGCACAUGAACAGCAGCGGUAUGGGCAGCCAUAUGGGUUUGUCACAGCAGCCGCCGCAGCAACAGCAGAUGCUACAGCCAUCAGCGCUGGGAGCACCACCACCGGCAACACAUAUGAUGAUGAGCAAUUACGGCGCCGGCACAGCCUUCUCGCGGGCGCCGCCUACCACAGCUUACGGGGGUUUUCUAGGGGCUACAAUGCAGCAGCUACAUACUACGAACAGUACCCCAUACAGCAACCAACAACACCAACAACUCCAAUCUCCAACACAACACCAACAACAUUAUCAACAGCAACAACAGCAACGGUAUCAUCCCUAUCAGCACGCGUAUCCCAGCAAAUACUACGGCUCAACCGGCGGCAGUCUCGGCCCCACCACAUCCACCUCCAACACACAUGCGCCCGAGCAACAACAACACCAGCGCACCACAUCAUCCGUAGGAGCGGCUCAGCGGGGGAUGGGGUUUCCAGAAGCCCAACCCGAUACUCCACCCCAAACUCCGCCGAAUAUGAAGCUGCAGAGCGUGGCGGCGAACCUUUUGCUUACCGCUUCGCAAAUCCCUACGAUCGCUACUUAUCGCAGUAAUGGUAAUACCGUUGGCGCUGGAGGUUUAGGUAUGAGCGGCAGUUCCGCGUAUGGAUCGGCUAAUGGUAUGCAUGGCUAUGCAAUGAACUAUUCGACGCGUUUCGAUGAGUACUCGCCACGUGAUGAGAGCUCGAGCGGUUCGAGCAGUUGCAGCUCUACGGAUUCGCCACGUCUACAGCCGCAGGAUUCGCCAUACAAGGCGGCGUAUAAAAGCCAACAACUCGCUGGUUUUGUAUCGCCCGUUUAAGAGCUGUUAAACUCAGGAGACAAAUCAUAGCAUGACUUUUGAGAUCUUCUAACAGUAAGACUUUUUCUUUAUUUCAAACUUCUGGGACAUUGUGCAAAUAUAAAUAAACUGAAAAGUAUGUAAUGAAAAUUCAGUAAAACUAAAUUAAAUGAACUAAGAUUAACAAUUAAAAUGUUAAAAUAUUGAGCAAAUUAAUAAAAUAAAUACUAAACGGCACUACAUUUAGUUAGUCAUAAGUGUAAAGCUAGUUAAGCUUCGAAAUCAUGCAAACAUUUAACUGCAAAUUGAAAAGGGAAAAACAUUUUACUUGCAUUAAUACAUUUUCAAACACUAAUAUGUAAGCGUUAAGUAAAAUUUUCGACUGUGAUAAACUACUGACAACUUGUUAGUUUACUUUUUGAGUGUAAUCUGUAUUGUACUACUAGUACAUACACCCACACACAUUGUGCAAAUAUACAUACAUUACAAAUACAAACACAUACACAUGUAACAAUAUUUAAUACCAAUUUAACCUAAUUUAAUAUUUAAUACAUUAUAUUAAAAAUCC